AUGAAUGAGAUCGAGUUUGUAAAGAAGGACGAUCAAUUCAAGGUAUACAUUGAUAAAGAUGAUGGAAGGGAUUACAAUGAAAAUGAGCCUGUAUUGGUAACGAAACCUAUAAAUAAGAGAAAAGUGUUGAUUAAGAUUGAUCUUUUUGUGUUGUCAUUUGUUUGCCUACAAUAUUGGAUUAAUUAUGUAGAUCGUGUUGGUUUUACAAAUGCUUAUGUUUCUGGUAUGAAAGAAGACUUGAACAUGGAAGGGAAUGAUAUAACUAUUGUAGGGGUUUGCUUUACUGUUGGGUAUGUCAUUGGGAUGUUACCUAACAAUCUGAUACUUUUGGUAGUGUCUCCCAGAAUUUGGUUAAGUUUUUGUACUUUUGCUUGGGGUGUUUUGACAUUGUCAAUGUACAAAGUUACAUCAUAUAAACAAUGCUGUGCUAUAAGAUUUUUCCAAGCUAUUUUUGAAAGUUGUACAUUCUCUGGUACUCAUUUAAUCUUAGGUAUGUGGUACAAAGAAAAGGAACUUCCAAUAAGAACUGCUAUAUUCACAAGCAGUGGUCUAGUGGGUUCAAUAUUUAGUGGGUUUAUUCAGACCGGUAUUCAUGAUAGCUUAAAUGGAGCCCAUGGAUUAGAAGGUUGGAGAUGGUUAUUUAUUAUCGAUUUCUGCAUCACCAUCCCAAUCGCUCUUUAUGGACUUGUCUUCUUUCCAGGUAUUCCUGAUCAUAAUAGUAUAUCUGGACGAUUUUCUAUGACAAAAUAUAUAUUUAAUCAAGAAGAAUUAGACUAUGCUAGAAGAAGAUUGCCAAAAAGAGAUGAAAGCACUUCGUUAGACUGGAGUGUUAUUCCAAGAGUUCUUGGCAGAUGGCAUUGGUGGUUGUUUUCGUUUGUAUGGAUACUAGGAGGUGAAAAUAUUAGUUUCUCAUCCAACUCAUUAUUUGCAUUAUGGUUACUAGACCAAAAUUAUUCAUUAUCACAAAAAAACAAUUAUCCGUCAGGAAUUUAUGCUGUUGGUAUACUAUCCACAAUGGCAGCAGCAGCUUACUUAAGUUAUAUCAAAAGGGCUAAACAUUGGCACGUUGCUUUAGUGAUAGCUACGUUACUGUGUGUUGUGGCUAUUAUGAUCCGAGCAAAUCCUCUGAAUGCGGCUAUUAUGUUUACAGCUCAAUACCUAGCUGGCGUUGCCUAUGCUGGCCAAGCAGUAUUUUUUACAUGGGCCAAUAUCAUAUGUCAUAAUGACCUACAAGAACGUGCUAUUGUUUUAGCUUCCAUGAAUAUGUUUUCUGGUGCAGUGAAUGCUUGGUGGUCAAUCUUGUUCUACUCUGCAACGACAGUCCCUCAUUUUCGCAAAGGAUGUUAUGCAUUGAUAGCAACAUCGGUCGCAAGUGGUAUUGUAUCGAUAGUGAUAAGAAAACUGCAAAUUAAGGAAUUGAAUGAGAGACAGGAACUUCCUUUCGUCAAUCCAAACGAUGCAAUUGCUGAAGAAUACGAAGGGGAAGAUAUCACCGAUUCAUUAGAUGAUCAUUCUCUUGACAAUACUUGUUAA